AUGGAGAAUUUCAUCACUGGAUACCCCGGCCACGAAUCGCAGCACCGAGCAUCGAUGCGGAAAGUGCUCGGCGAGGAGAAAUACGAGUAUUUCUUCGACAAGUGGCUAGAAUACUACUUCACCGAGGCCGAUGCACGGUUCUUUGCGGGUCUCAAGCUCAAUUGCAUCCGGCUGCCGUUUAAUUAUCGACAUCUAGAAGACGAUAUGAAUCCCCGAGUGCUGAAAGAGGAGGGGUUUAAGCACCUCGACAGGGUGAUCGACGUGUGUGCACGGCAUCACAUAUAUACGAUUCUCGACAUGCAUACAACACCUGGGGGUCAAAACCCGGAUUGGCAUUCAGACAACUCUACGAACUAUGCUGCGUUUUGGGACUACAAGGACCACCAGGAUAGGACGGUCUGGCUGUGGCAGGAGAUUGCUAAGAGGUACAAGGACAACACUUGGGUCGCUGGGUACAAUCCCAUCAACGAACCCUGCGACCCGGAGCACGUCAGGCUUCCGGCGUUCUAUAAGCGGAUUGAGUCGACCAUCCGCGCGAUUGAUCCUCAUCACAUACUUUGGCUCGAUGGAAACACCUUCGCCAUGGAGUGGAAGGGAUUCGAUAAAGUCUUACCGAAUUGCGUCUAUGCAUUGCACGACUACUCGAUGAUGGGAUUUCCCACCGGCGACCGGUACAAAGGUACAGUCGAGCAAAACGAGAAACUUGAAAGGCAGUUUCUUCGCAAGGCCGAAUUCAUGCUCGAGCACAAAUGCCCUAUCUGGAACGGCGAAUUUGGGCCGGUCUACGCCGAUCCAGCUUCGGAGACGGAUGCCGAAGAGAUCAACCAAGACCGCUACAACAUGCUGGGGCAGCAGUUGAGGAUCUACGACAAGUACAAGAUCAGUUGGAGCAUCUGGUUGUACAAGGAUAUCGGCGUCCAAGGGAUGCUGCACACGAGCCGAGAGUCCAAAUGGAACCGUACCAUCCAACCUUUCCUGGAUAAAAAGAAGCAAUAUCGACUCGAUGCGUGGGGAGUACACAAAUCGCCAGAGGCGGAAGCGGCGUUGAACCCGUUGGUCGGGUGGAUCGAUAGGAUUUGUCCCACAGCGAAAGAGGCAUAUCCAGGCCCGUGGAAUACCGAACGACAUGUUAUGCGAGCAGUGAUUCAGACCUGGUUGAGUGCGCAGUUCUCAGACGAAUUUGCGCACCAGUUCUCGGGCAUGGACAUGAAGGACUUGGACGAGUUGGCACACAGUUUCUAUUUUGACGAGUGUGUUCAAAGAGAAGGAUUGAACGAGAUCUUGAGCCAGCAUGCGGCGACAUCAUAA